GAAACCAAUGGAGUCUCAACCGCCCCUGCAAGGAGUCAGCGCGAACCCCGCGCAGCCUUCAGAAGAGAAGCCGGGACUUAACAUGGCGGCCGCCGACGGAGAUGACUCGCUUUAUCCUAUCGCUGUAUUGAUCGAUGAGCUGCGGAACGAGGACGUCCAGCUUCGUCUGAACAGCAUCAAGAAACUCUCUACCAUCGCGCUGGCCCUGGGCGUUGAGAGGACGCGCAGCGAGCUCUUGCCUUUUCUCACAGACACUAUUUAUGAUGAGGAUGAGGUGUUACUUGCUCUGGCAGAACAGCUGGGAACCUUUACAGCUUUGGUCGGGGGGCCUGAGUAUGUCCACUGCUUGUUGCCCCCACUCGAAAGCCUUGCUACAGUUGAGGAGACGGUGGUGCGGGACAAGGCAGUGGAGUCCUUGAGAGCAACCUCCAAUGAACAUUCUCCGUCUGACCUUGAGGCUCACUUUGUGCCCUUGGUAAAGCGCCUGGCGGGGGGAGACUGGUUCACCUCUCGCACCUCUGCUUGCGGCCUCUUCAGCGUCUGUUAUCCCCGAGUUUCCAGCUCAGUCAAAGCUGACCUCCGUCAAUAUUUCCGGAACUUGUGUUCAGAUGAUACUCCAAUGGUGAGGCGAGCUGCAGCCUCCAAACUGGGUGAAUUUGCCAAGGUCCUGGAGCUGGAGAAUGUCAAAAGUGAGAUCAUUCCCAUGUUUUCGAACCUGGCCUCUGACGAGCAGGACUCUGUGCGCUUGUUGGCUGUGGAGGCCUGUGUUAAUAUUGCUCAGCUCCUGCUUCAGGAGGACUUGGAGUCCUUGGUGAUGCCAACGUUACGACAAGCAGCGGAGGACAAAUCUUGGCGAGUCCGUUACAUGGUGGCUGAGAAGUUCACAGAGCUCCAGAAAGCUGUUGGGCCAGAAAUCACAAAAACCGACUUGGUCCCGGCCUUCCAGAAUCUCAUGAAAGACUGCGAAGCUGAAGUGCGAGCUGCUGCCUCCAGCAAAGUCAAAGAAUUCUGUGAGAAUCUGUCUCCUGAUUGUCGUGAAAAUAUCAUCAUGACCCAGAUUCUGCCCUGUAUCAAGGAACUGGUAUCAGAUGCCAAUCAACACGUGAAAUCGGCUUUGGCAUCCGUUAUCAUGGGAUUGUCUCCUAUUCUGGGCAAGGACAACACAAUUGAGCAUCUUUUGCCCCUUUUCCUGGCUCAGCUCAAAGAUGAGUGCCCUGAGGUCCGACUCAACAUAAUCUCCAACCUGGACUGUGUGAAUGAAGUGAUUGGCAUCCGGCAAUUGUCCCAGUCUCUGCUGCCAGCCAUUGUGGAGUUGGCAGAGGAUGCCAAGUGGCGUGUGCGGUUAGCUAUUAUUGAGUAUAUGCCCCUGUUGGCUGGACAGCUGGGUGUGGAAUUCUUUGAUGAGAAGCUAAACUCCCUUUGCAUGGCCUGGCUGGUGGAUCAUGUUUAUGCCAUCCGAGAAGCAGCCACCAGCAACCUUAAGAAGCUUGUGGAGAAGUUUGGCAAGGACUGGGCUCACGCCACAAUCAUCCCCAAGGUGCUGGCCAUGUCCAAUGACCCCAACUACUUGCACCGCAUGACUACGCUGUUCUGCAUCAAUGUGCUGUCAGAGGUCUGCGGGCAGGAAAUCACCACCAAGCACAUGCUUCCCACGGUAUUGCGGAUGGCUGGCGAUGCAGUAGCGAACGUCCGCUUCAAUGUAGCCAAGUCACUUCAGAAAAUUGGACCAAUCUUGGAUAAUAGCACCCUUCAGAACGAGGUGAAACCAGUGCUAGAGAAGCUCACCCAGGACCCUGAUGUGGAUGUCAAAUACUUCGCCCAGGAGGCGCUGACUGUGUUGGCGCUAGCUUGAAUCCAGGAAGUGGCUCUGUUGUCUCUCCAACUUGGAUGCUGUUGGGCCAACCAUUCUCUCCCCCUUUCCCUGCAUGUGUAUGACCAGCCCACCCAUCUCCUAUUGGAUGUACAUGGUGGUAUCAGCCAUGGCUGACUAAUGUCCUCUCGGGAGUCCCGUCUCCCUCUUCUACUCUUAGCUCCAUGUCUUCAGACCUUCUUGGGCAGCUGUGAUAUUUUCUCCCUUUCUCAUCAUAGUCAGGUUCAACUGUUUUGUUCCAACAUCAGGAGGCACCAAGUGGCGUGUCCCAGUCCCAUAAAGCUUGCAAGAGAGGCAGAGCAAGGGAAGGGGGCAGAAUCUGUUCUUUGUGGCCUCCUGUCACUUCUUGGCCACAGUUUGCAUGGGAAUGCCACGGCUGUGCAGCGUGUCACCGUGCGUGAGAUACCAAUUUGAGCUUUCUCCCAAUCCGUGCUCAGCCUGGUCACUCCCAUACCUUUUCCAUGCCAAUGAUUAAAGCCUCCACCUUCCCCCUCAUCCAGUGUUUAAGUAUCAGUCAAUAAGAAGUUUUCGUUUACUCGAAAUCAAACCCAGCAGCAUCUUCCUCUGUUUUGUGCCAGGGAAGGUUGAAGGGUAGUUAAAUCCUUGAUCUAAAUCUCUUGGUUCAUCAGGCUUCGUAAUACGGUAUAUCCCAGUUCCUGUGCGUGACUUUCUUCUGUGUCCCUUUCUAUUCACUAUAUGUUUCCCUUCCCUGGCCUUUGCUGGAAGGAGGUAGCUGUUUGGCAUAUGGAGGAUUGUGUGUGUGUGUGUGAGUGUGUGUGUGUGAGAGAGACAGAGAAAGCUGUUGAACAGUUGACAUGGGCUGAAGAGUAAAUUGGUGUUGCCUUGGCUCUUCACAGUGGGAUACUACCUCCAGGCUAAAUUUAGUCCUGUAUUCCCACUGAACUUCCAAACCAGGACCCUUCCCAAAUUUUGGUGGUGCAAAACGAAAGGAUGCUCUUUAACAAAAGGCACAUCAGUUGACAGGAAGAAGAGGCGACGAUGGGUGUCUUUCUCCAGCAGUGUUUGGAUAAUCCCACAGGCUCUUAACUGAUGGGAGUUCUAGUUUUUGUGGUGCAGAACAUCCCCCUCCCCUCCAGCUUUGCCUCGAUGAUGUCCCAGUUUUCCUCCUCCACCUUCAGGUUCCUCGCUGCUGUCUCUAACUCUUGCACUGGACAUGGGAAAGAAGUGUGUACUCUAACCACACAUCCCCUAACGCACACGCACAGUCUCUCCCCAUUAGUGGAAUGCCAUUUUAAAAAUGUCAUUUUUUUGUGUGUGUGUACACUUGUUUUAUUUUUCUCCUCUCUAUGAUUAAUAAAAUGCUCGGUCAUUACUUAACAA